CCGACCGGAAAACACCGACAACCAUCGCCGCCAAUGCUGCGCUUUAGAGGAGCAGAGCAGCUGCGAGGGCAACGGACACGAAUCCCGGUAACAACAACAACAAACACGGCAAAGUCCGCGGAUUAAGCCGGAGGAAAGGUGGAACUAUGGAGCUGGCCAACCAUGGUCUUAUCCUCCUGCAGCAGCUCAACGCACAGAGGGAGUUUGGCUUCCUGUGUGACUGCACAGUUGCCAUUGGUGACGUCUUUUUUAAAGCACACAAGGCUGUGCUGGCCGCCUUCUCCAACUACUUCAGAAUGUUAUUUAUUCACCAAGACAGCGACUGUGUCCGUUUGAAGCCUGCAGACAUCCAGCCUGAUAUCUUCAGCUACCUCCUCAACCUGAUGUACACUGGUAAACUGGCUCCUCAGCUUAUAGACCCCGCCCGGCUAGAGCAGGGCGUGAAGUUCUUGCACGCUUACCCCCUCAUCCAGGAGGCUAGUUUAGCUAGCCAAGCAGCCUUCUCUCAUCCUGAACCCAGCAUUCGACUUUCCACUUCCCUAUAUGGCAUCCAGAUAUCAGACCAGCAGGGGACUGUGUCCAAUCGUCUUUCAGCCAGGAGGCAGUCUUCACCCAUUGACUCAGACAAUGCUGGUGUGCUUGAUGGGAAAAGCGCUUCCACAAACACAUCUGUCUCGCAGACAGGGUCUGGAUCCAGACUCCAGCCGGAGAUGGAAGUAGAGGUAUCGACUAGCCAUAUCCAGUUUGGUAGAGAAGGAUUUGAGGUAGAUGCAUCAGCCUGUGAGACUUCAUCUGCUUCAGCCAGUGUCAACAGCAACACCAUCCUUCACGUGAAGCCAAGCAUCAUGAGGAGAAGUUCUUCUUUCAGAAAGCACUACACCUGCCAUGUUUGCGGGAGUCGCUUCAACCAGCGAGCGGCUCUCAGGGAACAUCUCCUUUGGCAUGCCCAAGCUGUGCCUCCUCUAAUGGUAGAGGUAGGAGGUGCAGCUUCCCCUGUAUUGCCUGGAGGAGCUGCCACGCCUGAGGUUGAGGAAGUUCUUACAGGUGUUGGAGCAGCUGCAGCCACUCCCAUCAUGGUGGACAUGGUCAGUGAUGGUGAGCAGCCUCUUUCUGGUGCUAAAGUCUCUCCACGUGGCGAAACAGCAGUCGCGGUCCCUACAACCGCAGCAGCGAGCUUAUGUGGAGCCCAGCCACAGGCAGACACACCUCCCCCAUCAGAUAUAGCUGACAUCGACAACCUGGAAGGAGCAGCAGAUGUGGAGCGGGAGGUCAAGAGGAGAAAGUAUGAGUGCUCCACCUGUGGACGCAAGUUCAUCCAGAAGAGCCAUUGGCGGGAGCACAUGUAUAUCCACACAGGCAAGCCAUACCGCUGCAGCGCCUGCGGAAAGAGCUUUUGCCGGGCCAACCAGGCAGCACGCCACGUGUGCCUGAGCCAGGGGGCCGAGUUAGCCUACACUAUGGUGGACAGGCAGAGCAUGGAGUUGUGCGCGGCUGACGACUCCAGCCAGAUGGAGGCGCUGUUCCUGGGCUCCUCAGGGAGACCAUACAAGUGUAAUGUGUGCGAAAUGACCUUCUCCAACCCCAACGAAGUCAUCAAGCACCUGUGCUUCAACCAGGGGACGCUUUCCGACGGAAGUGUUUUGGGAAUGGGGGUCAGUGGAUUGAAUAGUGACAAAGUGGCCAAAGAUGAGGGUUCUGAUUCUUCCAGUGGUGGACCAUUAGUAACGGCCAUCAAAACUGAGGAGGUCGUAGUGGAAUGAUACCACCUGUUCCGUAAUCGUUUUCUUUUUUUUCCUAAAUGUGUCACUUUUUGGGGUUACUCAGAUAGAUUAAGCUAACAAUGUAGGUGGGAAAAAGUUAUGUGCGUGUUGUAGGAGACUUUUUCUACUGACUGUUUCUUUUCCAGCGUUAUGCACUCUUAAAAAGCAAAAGCAGGGAAUUGAGAUGUUUCUUACACCAAGAAGCUCAAACACACAACUACAUGCUUUACUUUUUCAGUUUGCUUGGUUUUAUGUUUUCCUGAAUUGGAGUGGCUAAUUCUAGUUGUUCACAUGUUGAAAGUUGUGGUUUAAGCUUUUCCUCUUUAUAACGGCCAGCAAGAAGAGGAAGUGAAUUGUAGUAAUCACACUUCUUGUUACUCUGUUGCUCUGUAUUUCCCUCGUUCGGUAGGUUGACCUGAUUAAAGCUGGGCUGGUUUUCCUAUCCCUGUAUGAUCCUGUGAUAGCACAAAGGUUUAAGUCAGCUAAAAGAAAUCAUGAAUUUUAAGCAAUAGACAAAUGAGGUAAUUCUCUGUAUAUUUUUAUUAUUUCUGCUGGCCAAAGUAUGUUGUUCCUUCUAUUAUAUAUCAUCUCCCCAGGUUCCCCUCUCUUGGGCAGCUAAAUGUGGUGAUUGCUUAGAGCCUUUGAGGCAAAGGCAUUUGAACAGUAACUCGGUGUGGGUGAACUGAUGUAAAAUAAUUCAUUUAGACUUCCUCUAUUACUACUUCCAAACCCAACUUGGAUCACACAGUUAUUUGUCUGUUGGGGUUGAAAAUGGAGAGGCUUCAGGUUGUUCUAAAAAAAAAAAAAAAAAAAAAAAAAAAAAAAAAGCUUUGUGCUAUUGCAUAGAAUUAGCAAGUGCAAAAUGGUAUUCUUUACAUGACUGAAUGAAAUGCCAUAAGAAAUGGAAAACUAUAGUAUAUUUGAUGAGCUAGUGCGGUCUGUCACUUACUUGAAUGCCAGUCUGUUACCUGAAUGCUAGUUUCCCAUGUUUUUUUUUUUGUUUUUUGUUUUUCCCCUUUCCUUUUUGUGCCAACACAACUUGGGUGUCUUUAAACUGUGUUGGCACAUUAGCCACACAAAUUUAGCAGGAUGUGAUAAUCGUCAUUAAUUAUGGCUCUGUAUUAAACAAGCUCUGGCUCUAGAACUGGUGUCAAUAAAUGUUUACAUAUGUGCCAUCAUUUAAUUAAUUCAAUUUUUAAUCAUAAUUUUCUUUAAGCCUGUUACUAAAUAUAUGUGUGUAUAAGACAUUCUGGGUGAUCCUACACAUGCAGAAGUAUCUCAGAUUCAAGGGAGAAUUUACUGUCCUUGCGAUAUCAUUCUUUAUUUGCCAAUCCAAUGUUUUGCUUGAAAAUGUUUUUAAAGCCCUUAUUUUUGAGUUUGGAAUAACUUUUCUAAUUUUAUACACAGUACUAUAUUUACAAAGAAUAUUUUAUAUGGCAAAUGUAUAUUGCAAAAUGCAUUCAGCGUAGAAUAUAAUCAAUUUUAGCGUAGCACAAGUGUGUGUACAUUUGUCGUGUCUGCAAAUACAGUCUUUAUAUUGAUAUUUUUGGUCUGGUAUUAAUUUUGCAAUCUGCUGUUGCUUAUUGUUUGUUCAUUGCUCAGUUUAGAUUACCAGCAAUGUUUUGCCACUGCUGUCAAAGCACUGAAACUUUCUAGGGACCUGACUACUCUUGAUGAAAUCCUGAACAUAAAGCAAAGUGAGACAAAUUGCAGGAUAUGUCAGCUUUCAAUGUCUGGUUGUAAACAGAUACUGAACAUUCAGUGCAAAAUGACAAUGUUGUAGAUUUGCAACCUCCAUUAAAUGCCAGCAGUACCUAAAAUAUAAGCAGCUUUUCAAAUGAAGAAGUUAUUUACUUUAAGUGGCAUUUGUUGGAAACAAAAAGGGGGUAUAAUAUUUUACUUUUCAGUUGAAAAGAUAAGCAUUGAGCUCAAGUAUCUUCAUAAGUAUUAUUUCUUCACCAGUCUUUUUGCAGUCUGGAGCUCUUUUGUGACUGUAUCAAUAGGUCUGUAUGUGAAUUUAAUUACUACUGAAUGGUUGAUUGAGACUGGGAUUUGAUGUCAUGCCUCUCUUUAUUCUCAUUUUCCUUCAUAAUUGAGAUCCUUGAUGUUUUUUAUUGAGUCCUGUUUGUUAUGCAUGUGUAAAACACCAUGUUUUGCUUUUCAUUGUUACUGUUAAGUAUCUGUAAAUAUGCAAUAUGUUAAUAUCUGUUCUGAAAUUUGAGGCAGUUAAAGUGAGGGGGUGAAGAUGCCCCCCCCCCUCCCCUUCACUCCUCAAGCGCACAAACCCCAAAGCGAAGGCAAACAGACAGUAUACUGUGAUCUUCAGGUCCUCAGGAACGUGAACAAUUACUGAAAAAAAGAUUUGCAUUGCAUUCUGAUUGUGAAUAAUGAACAAUAAAACUUUUUCAACAAAUAUA